CGUUUCUAUUUCUCGGAAACUCUACGCGGUGCAGUCGUACCUGACAAUACCAACUCUGCGAAUACGCCAUCAUCAGAAGCCAACAUGCACCCAUGUCUCCAGGUUCCGGAGCUAGCAAGUCACAUCAUCUUAUAUGUUGGACAUGAAGACCAGAAAUAUUCCCUUCGUUCCAUCUCCAUGUCGUGCAAGGCACUUCGAGAACCUGCUCUGGACGCGCUCUGGGAGGAGGUCCACUUCCAUAGCUUCUUCACGUGUUUAGGCCCGGACGUGGUAUUCCGAGGAGAGCUUGGUGGCCGCUAUAGAAUUGGACUAAACCGUGAACUGAGCGGGCCCGAUUGGGACCUGCUGCUGUCAUAUAGUAG